AUGGCCCUCGGGCCGGCGCGGGCCGCACUGCUGUGGCCGCUGCUGGUGGCCGGUGCGGCUGCGGCGGCGGCGGCCGUGGCGGCGCUGGAGCUGGGGCCGGACGAGGUGGAGCGCGAGCGCGAGCGGGGCCGGGGCUGGGCGCGCUGCCAGGCCGUGGCCAUCCCCAUGUGCCGCGGCAUCGGCUACAACCUGACCCGCAUGCCCAACCUGCUGGGCCACGAAACGCAGGCCGAGGCGGCGGCCAAGCUGCACGAGUUCGCACCGCUCGUGGAGUACGGCUGCCACGCGCACCUGCGCUUCUUCCUCUGCUCGCUCUACGCGCCCAUGUGCACGGACCAGGUGUCGGCGCCCAUCCCCGCCUGCCGGCCCAUGUGCGAGCAGGCCCGCCGCCGCUGUGCGCCCGUCAUGGAGCAGUUCAGCUUCCCCUGGCCCGACGCCCUGGACUGCGACCGCCUGCCCACGCCCAACGACCCCCACUCGCUCUGCAUGGAGGCCCCUGAGAAUGCCACGGCGGGGCCCCUGCCUGCCGCCCCUGCGGCUGCCGGCCAUGGCAGCGGCGGGGGCGGUGGGCACCAGGGGCUGGGCAUGCUGCCCGUGGCACCCCGACCCCCCCGGCCGGCGCAGGGCCCUGGGCCCGGGGGCGCCCCCCCAGCUUGCGAGAACCCUGACAAGUUCCAGUAUGUGGAGAAGAGCCGUGCAUGUGCGCCUCGCUGUGCGCCGGGGGUCGAGGUGUUCUGGUCCCGGCGCGACAAGGACUUUGCCCUGGUGUGGAUGGCCGUGUGGUCUGCGCUCUGCUUCUUCUCCACCGCCUUCACGGUGCUCACCUUCCUGCUGGACCCGCACCGCUUCCAGUACCCUGAGCGGCCCAUCAUCUUCCUGUCCAUGUGCUACAACGUCUACUCGCUGGCCUUCCUGAUCCGGGCGGUGGCCGGGGCGCAGAGCGUGGCCUGCGACCAGGAGGCCGGGGCCCUCUACGUGAUCCAGGAGGGCCUCGAGAACACGGGCUGCACGCUUGUCUUCCUCCUGCUCUACUACUUCGGCAUGGCCAGCUCGCUCUGGUGGGUCGUGCUCACCCUCACCUGGUUCCUGGCAGCUGGGAAGAAGUGGGGCCACGAGGCCAUCGAGGCCCACGGAGGCUACUUCCACAUGGCAGCCUGGGGCCUGCCCGCCCUCAAGACCAUCGUGGUCCUCACCCUGCGCAAGGUGGCCGGGGACGAGCUGACGGGCCUCUGCUAUGUGGGCAGCAUGGAUGCCAGCGCCCUGACGGGCUUCGUGCUGGUGCCCCUCUCCUGCUACCUGGUGCUGGGGACCAGCUUCCUGCUCACGGGCUUCGUGGCCCUCUUCCACAUCCGCAAGAUCAUGAAGACGGGGGGCACCAACACGGAGAAGCUGGAGAAGCUGAUGGUGAAGAUCGGAGUCUUCUCCAUCCUCUACACAGUGCCCGCCACCUGCGUCAUCGUCUGCUACGUCUACGAGAGGCUGAACAUGGACUACUGGCGCCUCCGGGCCACGGAGCAGCCCUGCACUGCCCCUGCGGGCCCCGGGGGGCGGAGAGACUGCUCGCUGAGUGGGGGCUCCGUCCCCACCGUGGCUGUCUUCAUGCUAAAGAUCUUCAUGUCCCUUGUGGUGGGCAUCACCAGUGGCGUCUGGGUCUGGAGUUCCAAGACUUUCCAGACUUGGCAGAGCCUGUGCCACCGCAAACUGGCGGGGGGUGGCCGAGCUCGGGGCAAGGGUUGUGGGGGUCCCUCGGGCUGCGGCAGGGGCGCCCACUGCCACUACAAGGCCCCCGCUGUGGUCCUGCACAUGACUAAGGCAGACCCCUAUCUGGAGAACCCCACGCACCUCUAGGGCUCGGGGGGAGGGGGCUUUAGAGCUCCCCGGGCUGGGAAGGGAGGCCAUGAUCCGGGCCUCUCCCCUCCCCAUACACACUCUUUCAAGGCUUCCUCAGCCCCCACCCCCUCCAGCAGGGACACACACACACUGCCUGCCUUCUGGGACAGCUGAAGUAGCCGCCCAGCUGUCAAGGUCGGUGGAGCUGGAGGGCCUGGAAAGAGGGAGUGGGGGUGGUGAGGAGCCUGGAGAAGAGACUCCCCACCACUUCCCGGGCCCCAGUGGGCCCUGCACCCCAUGGGAGCAAAAUAGAGGGGGCCCAUGGACCCGGCUGAGCCCCCAGACCAUUGGCUCCAGAAGAGCAUUGUGGAUUGAGGGGAGGGGAAGGGAGGCCGAAGGCCGUGAUCCAGGCAGUUUAUUUAAUGAUGUAAUUUAUUGUGAAGUUCCUUUGGAAGCAUCGACUGGAAUAAACCCCCCUCACC